AUGUAUUUAUCAUCUAUAUCAUCUGAAGAAUAUGCAACAAUAGAUGAAACAAAACAAUUAAAUUUAUGUAAAAUUAAUCAAGUUAUUUAUACAAUUCGUUCAACAAUUGAUAAUGAUAAUAAUAAUGAAGAAGAGAUUCUAGAUAAUACAAAUAUACUUGAACCAACUUCAGGAUUUGAUCAGAUUUUUGUUCAAACUAUUCUCUAUGAAGUUAUGAUGAGACUUUUUAGUUUUUAUUUACUUAUUGUUAAUAAUCGAAGUUUAUUUACCCUUCGAUUAGAUGAUGCCCAAAAAUGGCUUAGUAUACCAACUGAAAUAAUUAAUAUAUUAAUCUGCCAUGAAUUGAAAACUAAAGAAUCCUACAAAAUCAUCAAAACACAUCGAUCAUUAUUAACGCAACAAUCUGGUUUAUUUAUAUCAUUGAUAAGACAUAAUAGUAUGUCAUCAUCUCAUAAUGUUUCACCAUCACCAAAAGUUACAAGUCCUGUUUAUACAAACACAACUAAUAAACAACCACAGUCACCACCUGUUCCUGCUAAAUCAAAAUAUCGAGCAUCAAAUACACAACUCGUGGGGAUCAAUGGAGAUAAUCAUACUCAAAGAAAAAUACAAUGA